AUGCCCGCAGAGCUUUCUGGGCCUUCGUUAUCCAAUCACGAGUCAUCCGUGGAAAGACGUCAGACUGCUCAAUGUCUUCUAGACCCCUCAGGGGCUAGUCUGGUCAAGGAGCAUUUUGUGUCCGCUGGUAGCUGGCUCCUUCGGACUGAGCUGUCCGGACACGACUUGCGAUCCACCCCUUUCGACAACACGAGCAAGUCGUACUCGAUUCGUAGAUUUAGUCGAUUCGAGCAGGUGGGAACAAGAAACAUAAUCCACCCAGCUCUAACUUGCUCACUCGCCCCGAUUUUGUGUGAGUUAGUAUGCCUUAUAACCUGCAGUAGCCACGCAGCUCUUACAUGGGUCGUUGUCUAG